UUCACGUGGUUUUUCACCUUCUACACUACACAGGUUUAACGGUGUAUUGUAAUCACGCCGUUUAAUAUAAUGACUGCACGGCAGCUGCUUGAUAAUAACGUGAGCGUUCUACUUUAGUCGCAUCGCGCGCUCGUAGACACGGUGUUCAGCUCUACAUGUCUUUCCACAUCAAAGGGAAAUCACACAAGUUCCAACAGUUCGGCGGUGGGAGGCAGCCAGCGUUGAAAGGAUCAUUCGCCUCAUGCACCAAAGCAAACAAACACUCUUGCCCUCGGAAAUUUCAUUUCCAUUAACCGCUCUAUGGAUAAAAAGCGUCCUUGAGUGCCGUUGGUGUUGUUUGCGAUUAAGUUCGAUAUGUCUGAAAAUCAGCCUCUUUCCGCUCUACUUUUCUUAACUUCACUCUUCAGCUCGGCGUGCUCACAGGGGACACGAUUCGUUCAUUCAGCUGCCCUAGAUGCGGAUGGGAGAUACAACAUUAAGUGGGGGUUUGACGAGUCCACGAUAACUUUUGAAGUACAAGUGGAAACAAGGGGAUAUAUAGGAUUCGGUUUGUCACCAACCGGUGCGAUGUCGUCGUCUGAUAUCGUGAUAGGUGGUGUGCUCAACGGAAGUCCAUAUCUGCUGGACUACUAUACAGACUCAAACAGAAAGGUCCAUAAAGAUGCGCUGCAGAGCUAUCAGCUGCUGUACGGCAGAGAGAAUGACACACAUACUGUCCUGGCUUUCAGCAGAAACCUCCAGACCUGUGAUGACAAUGACAAAGUCAUUACGGGCAGUACAGUGAGAGUGAUCUGGGCAUUCCAUGCAGAGGAUGUGGGAGUGUCAGGACCAGUCUACCAUGGGACGAACAGAGGCAGAAAGAGUCUGCGAUUACUCAACCCUGGAACCAGCUCCAGCAUCCCAGCAGGAACAGCUUUCUUUGACCUUCAAAAUGAGGAGGUUCCUGUACCUCAUAAGGAUACAACAUACUGGUGUCAGAUCUUUAAAUUUCCAGAGCUGAAGAAGAAACAUCAUAUAAUCAGAAUAGAGCCAAUGAUUCAGAAGGGUCAUGAGAAUCUGGUUCAUCACAUUCUGCUCUACCAGUGUGACAGCAAUCUGAACAAGAGUGAGAUCAACAGAGGACAUGAAUGCUACCAUCCAAAUAUGCCAGACUCGUUCUUCACCUGUGAAACCGUCCUGUUCGCUUGGGCUAUUGGGGGAGAGGGCUUCACCUACCCUCCACAUGCUGGAAUGUCUAUAGGAACCUCAACAGACCCAGUCUAUGUACAGAUGGAGAUUCACUUUGAUAACCCAUCUUUGCAAAGAGGUAUAGUGGACAGUUCAGGCCUGCGUUUGUACUACAGCCCCAGCCUGAGGCGCUAUGAUGCUGGGGUCAUCGAGACAGGAGUGUGGGUCAGUCUCUACCACAUGCUGCCCCCAGGCAUGCAGGAUUAUAUUACAGAAGGGCACUGCACACAGGAGUGUCUCCAAGAGUCAUUAGACAGCGAGAUGGCCAGUGGAAUUCAUGUGUUUGCAGUUCUGCUCCAUGCUCACCUGGCAGGACGGGCAAUCAAAGCCAGACAUUUCCGCCAGCAGGUCGAGCUCCAACCACUAGCCUCAGAUGAUCAGUUUGAUUUCAACUUCCAGGAGUUCCAGCCGCUCAGCCAGGAGAGGAUCAUCCUGCCUGGAGAUUCUCUAAUCACUGAAUGUAGAUAUAACACUAAAGGCAGAAUGAACAUGACCUGGGGAGGUCUUAGUACUCGGGAUGAGAUGUGUUUGUCAUAUCUGCUGUACUACCCCAGGGUUAACCUAGCCAGGUGUGAAAGUUUACCAGAAAUCACCGGCCAGCUUAAAUUCAUUGGGGUCAAAGAGAUCCAGGAGCCUGUUACAACCUGGCCUUUUGUGAUUAAGAGUCCUAAGAAAUACAGCAACCUCUCCUUCACGGAGGCCAUGGACAAAUACAAGUGGACAAGGAAGAGAGGGAAAGCAUUCAAUGACGCUGUACGCAAACUCCCCAUGAACGUUCGCUGCUCCAAGUUCGGCCAGGAUGAGUGGACGAUUCAAGGGAUGAUCAUCUCUCCUCCAGAGCUGAAGUCAGAGCAGACGUCUGCUGCUGUCGUGGCCUGUGGGAAUGUCUCAGAGAUUCAGUGUGGACGCUCCUUUGUUCUGCUCCUCACUGCAUGUCUCUUGCUCAUACUACAGACCUGUCUACACCUCUAAUGUCUGUUGUCAUUUCAGCCCCCUACUCAUAAACAUACAUACAGCA